GUUGAAUCCUUCAUAUUUCUUGAGGAUGGCCAGCUUUCCCCCGCUAGAAGCUGUAGCUUGCAUGCAAUGUCGUUUUUUGUUCAACUCUCAAAACUUCACAAGGCCGCGCGGCAGUUUGUCCCAGAAGCAAAGGCGCUGAAUCGACGACAAUAUGCGACUAGAGGUGUUCUUGAUACUCCGACAAAGGUUGCGUUCUUUGGGGCGGGAGGAAUAAAUUUCGGCUCACCCGAGGGCCCGUGGAAUCAUUCUGCUCGCUUGGAAAAGAGAUUAGGAAAUAAUUUGAAAGUCACGGCUCUCGUUGAUCCAUCCUCAGAGCACCGUCAACAUGUCCUGAAGGAAAAGGCUCGCUCAGAAUUCUCCUCCGCCUACGAGGGAACAAAGGAGUAUAACAACAUUGAAAAUUUCCUUGCAUCCUUAUCGGAAGACAACAAACCCGAUGUAGUCAUCAUUGGAGUACCACCUGCAUUCCAUGGAACAACUAAACCUGGUUCUGACUUGGAAAUAAGAUUAUCGAGAGCAUUACCACAUGCUGCUUUGUUUAUCGAAAAGCCUAUAUCUAGCGCCCACGUGCACGAAGUCAAAGAGGUUGGCCAUGAUUUAGCAAGUCGGAAAUCCCUGGUCAGCGUCGGAUAUUUCAUGAGAUAUCUUAAAGUUGUGCAGAAGAUGAAAGAUCUUAUUUCCCAGCAUAAUCUCACCGUAAUGGCCACAGUUGCUCGAUACAACUCUUGCUACACAUCUAUCGAAAAAGAUCACUGGUGGAAGAAAUCUAUCUCAUGUACGCCCAUUGUAGAGCAAGGAACACAUAUCUGUGAUCUCAGCAGAUAUUUUGGAGGGGAUGUGAAUAUCGAGUCAGUAUAUGCUCACGCAGUUGAGCAUUGGGAGAAGCCUGGAAAGCUUUCCAAGAUCCCGAUAAAUGAAAAUCUGAUACCCGAAGACGAUCGUAUACCUCGGAUCGCCUCGGCUGUAUGGAAAUAUGAAAAUGGAGCAAUUGGGACGAUUACCCAUGGCAUCAACCUCCACGGCACAAAGUAUUCUGCAGAAUUGGAAGUUCAUGCUGAUGGCUGGCUGUUCCGAAUGGUGAAUCCGUACUGUGAGCCAAAAUUGUAUGUUCGAUCGCCGUUUAGUGAGGAGGCAGAAGUAUUCGAUUAUGCCCAGGACGAUCCAUACCUCACACAAAUGUCAGCGCUUAUAGACUCCGCACGUCAGAGGGAUGUCGUUGAAAAUGAAAUUGGAGAGGGAACAGGGCGUACUGGUGAUAUCCUGUCUAGCUGGAAUGAUGCCGCCAAAUCGUACGAGCUUACAUGGGCCAUCCGAUAUGCUUCUGAGCUACGAGAGACGCAUGACAAGCUAAAGAAAAGUAUUAGUUAAGCGCACUUAAAUUAUUGGCCGGGUGGAAUUUCCUCUUGUAUGCGAAACAUGCAGACCAUAAAUGUACAAACAAUAGUGGUUGGACACAGAUUCAAUAAAG